ACUUUAAAAAGCAGAAACGAUGCGUAGAGUAACCGCUAGCAACGAGUAGAAGGCCAACACUCCUUUUCCUUCUCCAACAAAUCAACUGCUCUCAUCACUAUAUAUAAUCCAAUUGCAGUUUGCAGAACCCAUAAUUUUCAAUUUUUUAUUUUUUUUGCAGAUCGAGGAAGAAAAGAUGUGUUGCGGAGGAAGAAUGUGUAUGCUGUGUGUAUGCUUAAUAGCAAUUGUGGUGGCGAUUGGUUUUUUGUUCGGAUUUGGAGUUUUCAAAAAUGGAUUUCAUAAAUUGAAGGAUACUUUUCAUCUCGCUGAUGAUUGUAUCAAUGCUGUUGCAUCUCACUGUUCUUCUUCAAGGCCUUUUCUAGGUUUUCCUCGUCCUAAUGCGACUGCUCCUUCGCCAUUGAAUUAGGAGUAAUUAGAUUAUGAAUUUAGCAUUAUAGAUCUGUUUAUUCGUUUAUAUAAUGUUGUAGUGGUUAAUUUUGUGUAAAUUUCGUCAAUUUGAAGAAUUUUUGCUCUGUCUUUUCCAGUUUAAUGUUGAAAUUAGUUAAUCCUGUUCUGAGAUCCAAUUUCA